CUGACAGCUAAACGUCACUUUGGCUUUGGCUAGUUCAGCUAGUUCAUAAGUUUUGUUAUUGUUUUUAGCUAAAAUAUAGUUUUAGAAGAAAUUCUUAGACAUAAAAAACAUGGAAACUAUGCUAAGUACUUAUAUUAAAUAUAUCUGCGAACAGCAAAACGUGUGAUCAUCUGUGAAUUUAUUCAAGAUAAUGCCGACACCAUGGAGUAUCUGUCGCUGUUGUUGUUGAUUACAAGUUUUGGGAUUACUAAAAUUGUUGCUCAAAAUGAUAACUGUACCAGAACUAACAUCCGUGGGGACUACAAGCUGUGUCUACGUAAACUAUCGGAAUCAUUGUCGACAAAAUUUAACGAGAUUGUUGUCAACGAACUCGGCAGCGAGUACACAGCACAUUUCGAAAUAAGGUCAGCGCAUAAAACAAACCACUAUCAAUUCUCAGAUAAUGACACAUUGUCUAUUAUUGCCGAUAAGUUGAGCUACAAGAUUUCUACUGCGGCAAACAUACUUCAAGAUAUCAUGAAAAAUGUUACCAGUAGUAACAACACUCCGUCCUACACGCAUCCAUGUCCAUUCAACUCUAUUCGUAAGUCAGUGUUUAUUAAAAGUUCUAAUAUGUACAAUAAUUUGCCCGUUGUGGACACUACAUCCAAGAUAAGUAGUAGGUUUAAGGAUUUAAAAGUUAAGAGACAGUAUUUUUUGUCUCAUAUGGAUUAUGCAACUGAUAAAGACUGUACUACGAUGCCCCAUUCACAUUUGAGGUAUUUGUAUCAUAGUGUUAUACAUCCAGAGCCAAAACUUGUAGUUUUCAUAGUAGACAAUAGUAUGAAAGCAGAUUCUUUACAGCAUGCUGUCAGUGUGGCAAAAGAGACAGCGUAUGCACUGCAAAGUACUGACUAUAUAGCAUUGAAAAUGACUAAUACAACUGACUUUGUUAAAUUUGAAGAUACUUGCAAUAAUGAUGGUGUGUCUGAUUUGGGCAAUGCUACAGAAAACAACAAACUUUUACUGCGAGAGUACUUGGCAAGUUUAGAUAAUGCACCAUCAAAUGUGUCACCACUAGCCAUCAGUCAAGAGUUGAAUAAUCUUUUGACUCUUAAACCUCUGCCUAAAAAUAAGUUAUUUAUUUUUUUAACUGAUACAAAAGUAUUAAAAAAUGAAACAUGGCUCAAAAUAUUUCCAUACUCAAAUGGUGACAAUAAUAUGAAAUUUGCAAUAGGAUUGAUCUAUGAGAAUCAAGCAGAUAGGAAUAGUUCAUUGGGUAUACUACAUAUUGACAAAUGGCACAAUCAUUCAAACAACCAUUCUGUUAUGAGAGUGCAUAUAAAUGACAGUGGUGUUAUUGGACAAGUAGCAUCUGCAUUCAUUUCAUUACUGCCUGGUAACUAUCAGAGCAUGAAAUUAAAAGUUAUUGGUCCAAUCUGGGAAGCCACAGAAAGAGAUUUCAUGGUAUCACUAGUGAUACCAACAAUCAAUGGAGUUUUAGGUUUGGACCUCUAUUGGUCAGAUUUAGCUGAAGAUAUUGUUUACUUCCAAGGUGUGAGUAUACAGAAGAGAGCAUUUGUUAUGGACUUUUCAGGCAAAGUACUCAUGCAUACGUAUUUUCCACGACCUGAAACAGCCUCUGAAAAAAUUAAAUUUACAAAUCUUGAGAAUAUUGAGACAUAUGAUUUUAUAUAUAUAGUAAAGCAAGAAAUGUUAUCUAAUAGUUAUGGUAAUUACACAGUCCCCAAACAUAAUUCUACCAAAUCUAUAAUUUAUUCAUGGAAAUGGGUUGAGGAUUUGUAUAUUGUUUGUAUUGUGUCUGAAAGUGGAGUAUCAAACAUUCUCAAUAAGACCAACAUAUAUUUUACUAAAAGCAACAAAGAAAUAUUGUUCCAUAGAUUAGAUUUAUUUCCCCCAAAAACUGGUAAAAUUUGUAGACAUUUUAAACAGAUUGCAACUAUAGACCAGGGAACAGUAUAUUUGAGCCCAUCUAGUUUUCAGUCACCAUUCACUUAUCUCUAUGAUAUGGGUGAUGGUCAGGAAGCAGUCACGUACAUGCAGAAUUAUUUAGCUUAUUUAAAAAGUUUGGCUUAUGGUUUGCUUUCAAACCCAGGAUUAAAGAAUGAAAUUCAGCAGGAUGUUGGUUACCUAAAUCCUAUAUUAACAUUUUAUAAACGUCAGCACUUACAUGGGGCUUAUUCUAAAUAUAUAGUCCGAAGAUAUGCUGUCACAGACAGUGGCGUAUUGGUUAUGUUCCCUGGAACUGUGCUAGAAUAUGAUUACGAACCUGUUAAGAGACCUUGGUACACAUAUGCAAUAGAGCACCCAGGAAAAAUUAUUUUAACUCCACCAAAUUUAGAUGUUGGUGGUGCAGGAUAUGUUGUGAGCAUUUCAUAUGCAGUGAAUAGUCCUUCUCAACCAACAAAAGUAGUUGCAAUGGAUGUAACAAUGGGAUUCCUUUAUAAACUCCUCAUUGAUAAUUUACCUCUAUGUGCUAUGUCUUAUGUGAAAUGCUUCAUCAUGAAUAAUCGAGGUUACUUAGUGUCCCAUCCUGGAUUGAUGGAUCCAAACAGUUCUGGUCCCAUAGAACAACAGCAUAUCACACAUAAAGAAUCAAUGAUAGCUAUAGAUAUGUUGAACCAUAAAGAUUUUGUAAUCAAAAGGUUGUGUAAUAACUUCUAUGAUAAAACAAUACAAAGGUUUUAUGAAUUUAAUACUUCAUUGCCAAAUGUGCUCUCUAAUGUUGUGUCAGGUGAUCAUUGUGUUCAUUAUUAUAUAGCUGCAAUUCCUGGCACAAACGCUUUUAUUGGUCUUGUCAACGCAUCCUGCAGUGUUGGUGCGUUUUGUCCUUGUAGUAUGGUCGAUCGUCUCUGCCUUAACUGUAAUCGCAUGGAACAAACAGAAUGUGAAUGCCCUUGUGAAUGUAGUUCUGAAUUAUAUGAGUGCCCUAAUGCCAAUGUAUCUAGAUUCAAUCAAGACAUACCUCUCUGUGGCAUGAUGCCAGAAAACAAUAAUCAUAAAUCUCACUAUUUUCAUAACUUUGCAGAAAAUUUGAAAACAUGCUUUGACUUCCAAUGUGAAACUUACUUGACACAUUCAUCAUGCUUGGGUGUGUUAGGUUGUGAAUGGUGUCAGGUAGAUACUGACGGUCGAUCGCCACUUUCAGCUCCGUUUUGCACAUCGCAAUCGACAUGUUUUAAUGGUGUUUUGGGUGCUCUAACUCCUUAUGGAGAAGGUACAUUCGGUCACGUAAAUAGAGAUGCUUUUGGUAGCUAUUCAACCAUAGGGCCCAUAGCUGGAUGUAUAGUGACUGUGAGUUUAGUCAUAGCUGUUGCCAUUUACUGCUAUCGACAGAAUGUCACUACCGCUAGUUGCCAUAAUUUAUAUGUAGAUGGUCCAGCCGAGACUUGGCACGAUGCCGAUGUUCAGAUGAGUCAUUUACAAUCAGAAGAUAUGCACGACCUGUCUGGCCAGGACAAACUGCUGCCAGCUAUGGAAAUAGAAGCUCCAAUAUCGCCAUACAGGGUUGUAACAGGGUACAGGCGAGCGCAUACGGCCGGCGGCUCAGAUCACGGUUAUUCCACUAUGACACCUCAUGAGGAUUCUGAGGCGACCGGUUUCUCAGUGAAUGAUCCAAUUGUACUAUCAGAUGAUACAAAGUCUGAUGUAAGUUAUCCUCUUCCAGCUAAAAUUAAGCCUAGAUUAAUUAAAAGUAGUGACCUAAGUGUAACGGUUCUGCCAUGCGGCAAAAAUAGUGUUAUAGCCCCGGUCACUGUCCAUAGACAUAUGGAAGCAUCCUAACGUUUAAUUUAUUUGCAUAAAUCUACCUCUUUUGUACAUUAUAACAUUUAAUCUGGCGUAGUCCAUAAUUAUGUAUACAUGAUACAUUUAAUCGUUGUGAUAUUUAUAUAUUUUUCAUAAUUUUUUGAUAUGUUUUGAUUAGAUACUUAGUGUUUUUCUUGGAAGGUAUUAAGAAAUACACCCACCCAUGUGACUAGACUUAUGAGAUUAACGAUGCUAUAUUACGUUGCAUGUAUAGCCUCUACCCAACUUAACCUAAAUAUGUAAUAAUUUUAAAAGACGUUCAUUUAUUGUUUUUAAAACUGUUCUUGUGGAAGUAAUUAUUUCAUUUUAUUAUUAGGUAUUAAGUGCAAUUUUGUGCACAACUAUUUCUUUUGACACUGCAUAUUCUGGGGCAGAAUGUAACUACUGACGAUCACCUGGAUAAACUCUGGCAUUUUUUUACGUCGGAGGACGUGGCUAAUACAACGCCCCCCUAAGAUCCUGCACCUGGAUGCCCUGUACCCCUGAAAUCUUAAUAAAGAUGGGCUUUUUUAAGACAGAAGUCAACUUUGCCAAUACUAUAUGAGCCUUUUAUUUCAAAUAAUCUAGCCUAUUAAAUUUUACAUUCUUAGCACAUUUAUUAAAUUCGACUGAGUAUAUGAAAUGAAUGAUUCACAUGAUAAAGUGACUAUUUUAACUACUUUUUUUUUACCUUUAAGACAUGAGCCCAAUUUAUUUUGAAUUUAGAAAAUUUGCCUUAGUUUUUAUAAAUUGAUAUAUUAGAUUAAAUGGAUCUUACAUUUACAUUUAAGCAAUAAAAAUCUUCAAAAACUUUAUAUAGUUACAAUGGUGGGUGACUUUAAUAUGAUAUAAAUUUAGGUUAUUGAUUUACAUCACAAUAUUAUUAACUUAAUUAUGGUGCUCUUUUUUUUGUGAAUGUUCAUUUUUCAACAAUUUUACAUGUUAUUUUGUCAUAAAUAAAUUUUAAUACAAUUUAUGACAUACCUAUUUGUAUUAAGGUAUUUCUCUUAUAACAAGAUAUGUUGUUUAUAUAUUU